AUGACCGUGAUCCGCACGCGAAAUGGUGUUACCCCGUGGGCGGUUCUCGCGAGCAGCGCCGCCGGUGUCGCCGCGGCGCUGCUGGUCGCGUGUCUGCUGAGCGGCGGCAGCGGGGCGAACUUCGCGGAGGCGCAACCCGCGUCGCCGCAAAUGGUCGUUCCGACUGUUGCGCCCGCGGCUAGAUCAGGGAGGGAUUUUACCCCGUUGGAUCCUGACUGGGAGGCGCAGAUGCAGUCAAUCAUCCAGCAGGUGGCGAAUCAGAAGGAGCUCUCCUCAUUUGCCCAGAUUUUCUCUAACCAAUUCAAAACAGAGCAGCUGUACAUCGAUCGGAAUGCAACCAUCCUCAUCCCCACCAACGUCGGCUACUGGCGCUUCGAAAGCCGGUGGGACACUCUCUCCCGCAGGCAGAAGCGCCGGUUACUCCGUUACCACAUUCUCAAGGGACGUUACACCGCGGGGCAGCUCCUAAGUGCUGCUCCGGGCACCCUCUUCCCUACUCUUAACAUGAACCUGCCGGUAAACAAGACUUUUAAGGCGAACGUAGUGCCGUAUUUGACGAGGGUCGUGACGUUGCUGACCGUGGCGAAUGCCGGGCAGACAAAUAAUUUCGCUGCGCAUGGGGUUACAAUGGUGCUCCUGCCGCCCAACCUCAACUGCACCCGGUCUUCUUGCAGUGACGAAUCCAUUAAGUUAAAUUAG